GCAAUGAUGACGCAGAGACCGGAAGUGAAAGACACGGAAGAAGAAAAUGGAGGCGGCAGUGUUCAUCCUGUCGUUAGUGGACUGCUGUGCACUGAUUUUCCUCUCGGUCUACUUUAUCAUCACUCUGUCUGAUUUGGAGUGUGAUUACAUCAACGCCCGAGCAUGCUGCUCCAAACUCAACAAAUGGGUGAUUCCAGAGAUGGUGGGUCAGUGUCUCUCCACCAUGCUGAUGCUGGUCUCCAUGCACUGGUUCAUCUUCCUCCUCAACCUGCCGGUAGCUGUCUGGGACAUUUAUAGGUAUGUGAAGGUCCCGAUGGGGAACAUGGGCGUGUUCGACCCCACUGAGAUCCACAACCGGGGCCAGCUCAAGUCCCACAUGAAGGAGGCCAUGAUCAAACUGGGCUACCACCUGCUCUGCUUCUUUAUUUACCUGUACAGCAUGAUCCUGGCUCUGAUCAACGACUGAAGCCCCGCCCCUAUCAGGCUCUCUGAUUCCCCCCUGCUGCCAAACUCCAGGGCAAACCCCCCCAAUCCACACACACACAUCAUGUCCUGUGUGUGUACAGUUCUGCUCUGUCGUCACAAUCUCAGCGUUUACCUUUAAUACAGAGGUUAGCAUUUAAUCAUCUAACACUUCAUCACAUCAUCAGCGUAUAUAAAGAAAACGUCACGUCGUUAUUCUCUGUGAUCUCAAACAUCCUCACACCGAAAGAUCCAAAAAAUUAUAGAACGCUCACUACAAGAUAGGAAGAGAAAAACCGCUGUGUGUGCCAGCGUGAGGUACCUCACAAGAUGUAAAUAAUGAAAACGGAUGUAAACAAACCUGGUGACUCCAGCCUGUGUUAACCUGUUCAUCCUUUUAGUGAGAUCCUACCUGUUUUAAGUAUGUGAACCAGAUUCAUGCUAGCUAGUGUUAGCCUCAGUGCUAAUGUGUUUACAGAUGCUUUGAAACAUCACCAGCAGCUAGCCUCUCUCUCUCUCUCUCUCUCUCUCUCUCUCUCUCUCGCUUGCUCGCUUACUCUCUCUCUUUCUCUCUUUUUCUCUCUC